AUGAACGCGGCAUUUUUCUUCAACAUUGGACACCCCACUACAGUGCAAACUUCAUUGGUUGCGCUGGCUUCUUUCGCACGCUUCGACCCUUCCGGCCGAUAUGUCGCCACAGGCCGUAUCGACGGGAGUGCUGCGAUAUGGGACCUCGAAACGCGCUCAGCCAUCCGAAUACUUGACGGGCACGUUAAAGCAGUCUCUAGCCUUGAUUGGUCAAGACACUCGCGAUUCGUGCUCACCACAUCAAAAGACUGGAAUGUGAUCAUUUGGGAUUUAGCCAAUCGCUGUAUUCCCGCUCAACGCCAUUCCACGCUCCGGUUCGACGCGCCAGUCGUGUCUGCGUCGUUUCAUCCACGAAACAGCCAAAUCAUCCUUGCCCUCCUUACAACGGGGGAGGCUUUCAUCGUUGACCAACGCAAAGCUCAUCGCUCCCGAGUCGAACUCUGCGAAAUGCUGGAUGAGAGUGAUGAAGAGGCCGGCGGAUCUUCUGCCCGGGUUCGUUCAGCCAUAACUAUCGCUCGCUUCGAUCCUUCGGGGAAACAUGUCUAUAUGGGAACGACCAAUGGCCAGAUACUAGUAUUCAACACGCGUACCAAGACGAUGGUUGCGCGGUACAAAAUCACCGGAGCAGGUGCCCUCAAAGGCCUAGAGUUCACCCAGAACGGACGCUAUCUGGUCUCCAACUCCGCAGACCGCACUUUGCGGCAAUUCACCGUGCCGGUCCACCCAAUACCCGCUCCGGACAGCCAGUUUAUCGACCAGGAGCUCGAGCCGAUGCAUCGGUUCAACGACCCGAUCAACAAGACCGCCUGGCACGCAAUGUCCUAUAGUCCAGAUGGCGAAUGGCUUGCUGGAGGUAAACCAACUGAAUCAUUUUGCUGUUUUUUUGACGAUUCCAAUGGCGCGCUGGAUGGUGGGCGAGAGCCGCUGAUGCAUCUCCAUUGGCAUCCUUCCAAGUCGGCAAUCGCUUCAACCACGAACCACGGCAACAUACUGAUCUGGCAUCGACCUCACCCCGAACGCUGGGGUGCCUUUGCGGGCGGGUUUGAAGAGCUGGACGAGAACGUCGAGUACCAAGAGCGCGAGGACGAGUUUGAUAUCGAGGACGAAGCAGACAUGAUCAGGAGGAAGAUGAAGGAGGAAGAGCAAGAGGUCGAUGUCGACACCGUGGUUGUGACAAAACCACGACAUGGGCAACUUCAUGGUGUGGUCACGGAGGAUGAGGAUUUGGUGUGGGCCGAGGAAGACCCUGAUGAAGAUGUCGAAGAGUGGAUAAUGCAGCCGGUGAUGGAAGAAGAUUGGGAUUCAUAG